CAUGGCAUCCCGCGGGAGGAAGCGGAAGGCCGAGACGGCGCUGGGCGCGGCGGCCGAGAAGCAGGAGACGCCGGCUAGCGGCCGGAAGGGAAUGGAGGAGGCCAGCGUCGUUAUUGAGCAUUGCACGAGCUGACGCGUCUAUGGGCGCAACGCUGCGGCCCUGAGCCAGGCGCUGCGCGUGGAGGCCCCGGAGCUUCCAGUGAGGGUGAAUCCUACCAAGCCCCGGAGGGGCAGCUUCGAGGUGACGCUGAUGCGCCCCGACGGUAGCAGUGCGGAGCUCUGGACUGGAAUUAAGAAGGGGCCCCCGCGCAAACUUAAGUUCCCUGAGCCUCAAGAGGUGGUGGAGGAGCUGAAGAAGUACCUCUCGUAG